CGCGGCGCGGCCCGCCGGGCUUCCCGCGCGCGCAUGGCGGGCGGCCGCCACGGCCCCGGCCGGCCCCGCAGCGCAGGCAGCGCAGGCCGGAGCACGGGCACGUCCGCCACGCUGGGCCUCAACCCGUUCGCGGCAGGCAAUGCUGAGUUCUUGCAGAAGGAGAGGCUGCGCUCCACCCUCGGCGGGCGCCUGCCGACGGGGCGCCCCGCCUCCGCGAGCGGCGCCGUGCGCUCCCGGAGGCGCGAGCACGAGGUGCUGCAGAUGCUGGACAGGCUGGAGGAGAAGGACACCAUGGAGCUCGGAGUCAGGCAGCUCCAGGAGGUCCUCGCGUCCCUCCAGACCCCGGACGAACUGACGUGGUUCCUGCGUGUCGCCUUCGACGAGCGCAAGCCGCUCGCGUCCCACAAGGGGCGCCGCGAGCAGCUGCUGCUCCUGCCGCGCGUGGUGGCGCACUUCGGCGCCGCGGCGGCGGACUCGGGCGCGCUGGAGGGCCGCGUGCUGCCCUGCCUGGCCCGGGCGCUGCGCGGCCCCGAGACCGAGGAGGUCGUCACGCGCGCCGCCGUGGAGAUCCUCGGGCACUGCGCACCCCUCUGCGGGGAGGAGGGCGCCGGGCUCGGCUUCGUGGGCGUGUGCUCCGCGCUGCUGCGGGAGCUGCUCGACCCGCUGGUGCUGGGCUCGGGGACCGACCUCGCCAUGAAGCAGAGGUGCGUGCAGGUUCUCGGCGGCCUGACGCCCACCAUUCGGAGCAGAGAAAACGGCAGGGCCAGAUAAUGUUUGCGCCGCUGUCUCUUCUCCUUGCCGUGCUGGCCGGCGUCGAGGCGCUGGGCUGCGAGGGCGAAGCGGCGGCACUGCUGGAGGGCCACGCGACCAGCCUCGUGCAGUGCCUUGCGGCGAACCCGACGCUGCAGGAGGGGCUGCUGCAGUGCAUCGCGCAGGUGGCGGCGAGCAGCGCGCAGAGCUUUUUCUUCCUCUACGCAUGCGCACUUCCUGGUGGAGUUGUGCACGACGCACCUCACAGAGACCCCCUCCGCGACUCCCUCUUAUGCGGUGCUGCAGCAGCCCUCAGGCAUUCCGGAGGAGCCCCUGCGCCUGGAGCAGUUCCCGAAGCGCGGGACGCUCACGCGCGACCUGGCGCUGGUGUGCUGCCUGUGCCUGGCCCACCUCGGCAGCCGCGCCGCGCCGCUGAUGCCGGCGGGUGAGGGCUUGGAGCGGCACCGCCCAGCCGUCGAGGCCGCCCUGGGCCGGGAGAACCUGAACCUCCAGAGGCUCACGAGGUCCAACGAGCCCCUGCGGCGCACCAUCGCGCGCGCCUGGGAGGCCUGGCAGGACCUCGGGGAGGGCGCUGGCGGCGCCGCGGCCCCCCUGCGCCGGGACGACGGCGGGAGCCGCAGCCCCUCCUCGGGCCCCAAGCGGCUGGACCGCUCCUUCUCCGGCGCGGCGCGACUGCGCGGCAUGGCGCUGCCGGCCCUGCGGGCCCCGGCGCCGGGCGGCGGGCCCCAGCGGCGGUGCCUGCACCCGCACAGCGGCCGCGGCAGGCCAACC